ACAAUGUAUUUCAGAACCCGAUUAAAUAUCGAUAUUUCCGUAUCACUUUUAGUAAAGUUACUUUAUUCCUUGUUGAUUCUAUAAUUUUUGGGAAUAGCCAUGCCAUGCCAUCCACCGGCAUUGAUUCUCAAAUAUAAUGAGCACAAGCCGGCUGUAAGAGCUGUAACUAUCUGUGCGAUGUCAUUAGAUUAAUAUUAGUUUGACCUAACAUUCAUCUAGAAUACUGUUCACUAGAAUUUAUUUUCAAAAGACAUUGUCUCGAUGUCUGGUCGUGGAGGAUGGAGGGGAAGAGGCGGAGGUUGGAGGGGAGGAGGAGGAUGGAGAAGCCGAGCUGGAGGCAGAGGAGGAGGCUGGAGGGGUAGAUCCAAGCAGCAAGACUCGACCUCAGAUAUUUCUAGAGAUUCAAAUAAAAGUUUGUCAAAUGAUUCAAGGAUAUCAGAUUAUUACGAAACUGUCGGGUGUCCGUACAAAGCUUGGAGACAUUAUCUUCCAGAUAUUCCCUUUAACCCUGCAGCAUCUAUUAUUGGCAAGUUGAAGUGUGCUGUGUGGUAUCUGGAGAGGAAUGAGAAAACUCAGCGUGAAAAAUUGUUCGACAAAGGAUUCUUCAGUGUUAACAUGGACAAAAUGAUUACAGAUGAGUGUGUACUGGAGGCCUGGCCUCGAGUUAAAGACGAACUCGAGGAGAAAGCUGAAAGAGUUUGUGCUCCUGAUGAAGGGAGAGGGAAGGAAAUCAUCUUCAAGUAA